UUUCCGGAAGUGUCGUCUGAACUCACUGUGAAGGUAUUCGGUUACACUCUUUGGACUGCUCCGUGUUGUUUUCUGUUUAAAACUUCGGAUUCUUCAGAAAAAAGAAACAGAUAAGCAAUCUGUAAUCUUGGUAAUUUAAUCAACGGAUAUACCGAAAGCAUUUACUGCCGUUUUCCCUAAAAGGGAGGUCUUUGUGGACAGGUUCCUUGCAGUCCAGCUGACAAACCACAAUGAUCACUAGAAGAAGAAGUCGCACUGUCACAAACACAGAAGUGCAGUCUCCAGAGGUUGAGGCGGUAGAUGUGGAAAGUAUGAAAGAUCUUCUGAUUCCAUGUGACGGAUUCCGAGUUAAAGAUGUGGAUGCUGCUGGAGUAGAGCUUGAUGACCUGUUUGAAGACUUAAAAUGGACACUAGACAGAGAUGCUUCAUCCUCGCUCUUCAAUAUUGAUUUGGCUGAUCUCUGUGUGUACAACACCAAAGAUGGAGACUCCGGGCUUGAAGCUUCAACUGCCUCAUCUCCUGAGAGAUAUUCUUCUGACUCCCAGAACAGCAGGCAAAAACAGUCAAGUCACGUGACUAACAAAAAUGCAAUCGCUGCCAGAUUAAAUCGUCUCAAGAAGAAGGAAUAUGUCAAUAGCUUGGAGCAGAAGAUCGGCAUGCUUUCAACGGAAAAUAGCACGCUCAAAAUAGAAAAUUCUCAGCUGACCAAGAGAGUGGAAGACUUGGAAGAUGAAACCAGGUACUUGAGGGCUGUGCUGGCAAAUGAGAGCAUGUUAGCCCAGCUCUUGUCCAGGCUGAGCGGUGCGAAUGGGAUGAAAUUAUCUUCCUCACUUUUCCAGGGGCCCAACUCAAACGAGCACGACUACGCCCUGCCCAGGAAACGGGCCAGAGUGGAGGAAAAAGAAACAUCUGGUGGCGUGUGUCUUCAUGUGGACAAGAAUCAUGUCUCAGUGGAGUUCUGCACCAAGUGUGCAGAGAGUGCAAGCACGGUGCUCAAAAUGUAGGGUCAAGUACUUCUCUCUGUUUUCAGAUAUUGAGACUGAGCUUGAUGGGGCUCAGUGUGCUGAACUUGAGGCUGGAUGAACGCUUUGAAUUGAUUAAUUGCCUAAGAACUGUGCAUGUGUUUUUGUGUGAUGAUGGAAUGAGUUCAUGUUACUGCUAAACCUUGUUGACAGUUUCUUCUAGGUAAUUGGUUGAUCCACCAUGCGGGAUGAGUGGCUUUCAGAACGCCUUUGUCUGCUUGACUCCAUGUGGAUUCUGCUGGUGGAAGGGGAAGAGGCUGGACAAGCGGCUGCCAUCGUGGCCUGGUAUUUUUUUAAAGGUAGUAUCGGUAUCAAAUGGUAUUUGUGAUCCUAUUUCAUCACUACUCCACAACAUCUGUAGCUGCUGAUCCUGUCAGCAUAGCUCCCGCAGCAUUUUUAAGGGCUGACAAUAGCUUCUCGUUUAGGCAAACACAAGUUUAACAGUCUAAGAAUUAUAACUUGUAUAUAUUGUUGGAAUGUAUAUUUAACAUACUCAGAAAAAUCUGCUGUAAGUGAAAAAAAUGUGUAAAUGUGUACAUAACUCUGAACACAUACUGUUUUAGGUAAAUGGCCUUUGAGAAAUGUUGGACAAAUAAAUCUUAUUUACAGUACUUUUGACUUAAAA